UCUGCUACUCCAGGGAGAUCCCAACCGAGCAGAAAGAGGCUCUCUCACGUCGGUGCUCUGCCCACCUCUCCUCUCUCUCUUUCUCUCGCUCGCUUUUCUCUACCCUGCUCCUCUAUUUUUUUUUUUCCUCUUAAUUUUCGCUCGCUUUCACGGAAAAAUCGGUGGCCGUUUCUUCGAGGUCGAGAUUUAGAAGCCUAAUCUCGAAGAUUCUGUUGAAGAAAGAUAGGAAGAAGAAGAAGAAAGCAUAUAUAUAUAUAUGUAUAUAUAUGCUUUUUCCAGCGCGAAAACACCUGCGAUUUUGUUAACUUUUCUCAGCCGAAUCCUUCGUUUUAAAUCCCGAGAAAGUCGAUAUUAGUUCUCUUCAUUCCCUUUGGAAUCUUGUGUAGACACUGUGUCGGAUUUGGAACAGUUACAUAGAUCUGUUUAUUUCCCUUUGAAGAUUAAACAGGGACCUUCAAAAUCUCUCUCUUGUUUGGAUCUAUAAAUCUCGUAUUUUGUUCUAAUUCCUAUCUAAAUUGGGAUAAAAUUUUCCAAAGUUUGUAUAUAUUUUAAUAUAUAUAUAUAUUUGGAACCGGAAAUCUGAAAUCGGACUUUUGAAUAAUGUUGGCAACCCCGGGUUCUGUUAUCCAGCUCCGUGCAAAACCAUGUCUUACACCUCAGCUAAAUGGUAGGCAGCUAACGGGGCUCAGCGGCAGAGUUAGGAGAUGCUCUGCUACUAAUAAAUCCUCGAAUGUUGUGGAGAAGAAGUUCUUUGGGACCCGAUUAAGGGCGUCCGGAUCGGAAAGGCUCCAUCUUUGGAGAUCCGAUGGUCCCGGGCGGUCCCCGAAGCUUCAGGUCGUAGUACGCUCCGCUCUCUCCGCCGUUCCUGACAAGCCUCUCGGCCUCUACGACCCGUCGUUCGAUAAGGAUUCGUGUGGGGUCGGAUUUGUCGCUGAAUUGUCCGGCGAAAGCAGCCGCAGAACGAUUACGGAUGCUUUGGAGAUGUUGGUGCGUAUGUCGCAUAGAGGUGCUUGUGGUUGUGAAACGAAUACCGGUGAUGGAGCUGGUAUUCUCGUCGCUCUUCCUCAUGAAUUCUACAGGGAGGUCGCCAAGGAUGUAGGAUUUACCCUUCCACAACCAGGGCAAUACGCUGUUGGUAUGUUCUUCAUGCCAACCUCCGAAAGUCGAAGGAACGAAAGUAGAAAUGUAUUUACAAAGGUAGCUGAGUCUCUUGGACAUACUGUUCUUGGGUGGCGAGUGGUGCCAACUGAUAACACAGGAUUGGGCAAGUCUGCUUUGCUUACCGAACCUGUGGUGGAGCAAGUGUUCCUUACCCCUUCUCCUAGGUCAAAAGUUGACAUUGAGAGCCAGAUGUACAUACUGAGGAGGCUUUCAAUGGUUGCCAUUCGAGCUGUACUGAACCUUGAACAUGGUGGUGCUAAAGACUUCUACAUAUGUUCGCUUUCGUCAAGGACUGUUGUUUACAAAGGUCAGUUGAAGCCAAUUCAGGUGAAGGAUUACUACUAUGCAGAUCUUGGCAAUGAAAGGUUUACGAGCUACAUGGCCCUGAUUCACUCUCGAUUCUCAACCAAUACAUUUCCUAGCUGGGAUCGUGCUCAGCCUAUGCGUGUCUUAGGCCACAAUGGAGAAAUCAACACGCUUAGAGGAAAUGUAAACUGGAUGAAAGCACGUGAGGGACUUUUAAAGUGUAAGGAACUUGGCCUUUCAGCAGAUGAAUUAAAGAUGCUUCUUCCCAUUGUGGAUGUCAGCUCAUCAGAUUCAGGAGCAUUUGAUGGUGUGCUUGAGCUUCUUGUUCGAGCUGGCAGAAGUCUUCCUGAAGCUAUUAUGAUGAUGAUUCCUGAGGCAUGGCAAAAUGACAAGAAUAUGGAUCCUCAUCGAAAAGCACUAUAUGAGUACUUCUCGGCUCUCAUGGAGCCCUGGGAUGGGCCAGCUCUUAUAUCAUUUACUGAUGGACGUUAUCUGGGAGCCACUCUGGACCGGAAUGGACUGCGGCCAGGUCGCUUCUACAUCACCCACAGUGGACGAGUUGUAAUGGCCAGUGAAGUUGGUGUAGUAGACAUUCCACCUGAAGAUAUAUCUAGGAAAGGGCGACUUAACCCUGGAAUGAUGCUUUUGGUGGAUUUUGAGAAUCACAGUGUUGUAGAUGACGAGGCUUUGAAGCAGCAGUAUUCUCUGGCAAGGCCUUAUGGGGAGUGGCUUAAAAAGCAAAAGAUUGAGCUUAAAGACAUAACUGGUUCUGUUCAUGAGUCAGAGAGAGUCCCUCCUGCCAUAGCAGGAGUGCUGCCGGCAUCUAAUAAUGAUGAGGACAUGGAAAAAAUGGGCAUUCAUGGUCUCUUGGCUCCAUUGAAGGCUUUUGGUUACACGGUAGAAGCCCUAGAAAUGUUAUUGCUUCCCAUGGCCAAAGAUGGUGUGGAGGCCCUUGGAUCAAUGGGAAAUGAUACCCCCUUGGCUGUCAUGUCUAAUAGGGAAAAGCUCACAUUUGAGUACUUCAAGCAAAUGUUUGCUCAAGUAACAAAUCCACCAAUUGAUCCUAUUAGAGAGAAGAUAGUGACUUCUAUGGAAUGUAUGAUUGGUCCUGAAGGUGACCUGACAGAAACCACCGAAGAACAGUGUCAUCGUCUAUCUCUUAAGGGUCCUCUUUUAUCCAUUGAAGAAAUAGAAGCAAUUAAAAAGAUGAAUUAUAGAGGUUGGCGAAGCAAAGUUCUAGACAUAACUUAUUCUAAGAAUCGUGGUAGAAAGGGAUUGGAGGAGACAUUGGAUAGGAUUUGUGCUGAAGCCCGUGAUGCCAUUAAAGAAGGAUAUACCACACUAGUGCUUUCAGACAGAGCUUUCUCACCAAAGCGUGUUGCUGUAAGCUCCCUCUUGGCUGUUGGGGCAGUUCAUCAAUAUCUAGUUAAAAAUCUUGAACGUACCCGAAUUGGGUUGAUAAUUGAAUCUGCCGAGCCACGUGAGGUGCACCAUUUCUGUACUCUAGUUGGAUUUGGUGCUGAUGCCAUCUGUCCUUACUUGGCUAUAGAGGCCAUUUGGAGAUUGCAGAUUGAUGGAAAGAUACCACCAAUCUCUAAUGGUGAGAUGCACUCAAAGGAGGAGCUGGUUAAGAAAUACUUCAAAGCUAGUAAUUAUGGUAUGAUGAAAGUUCUUGCCAAAAUGGGAAUAUCAACUUUGGCUUCGUACAAGGGUGCUCAGAUUUUUGAAGCCCUGGGUCUUUCAUCUGAAGUGAUUGAGAGGUGCUUCGCUGGAACUCCAAGUAGAGUUGAAGGUGCGACGUUUGAAAUGCUUGCUCGUGAUGCACUUCAUCUGCAUGAGCUGGCAUUCCCCUCUCGUGCCUUUCCUCCAGGAAGUGCAGAAGCUGUGGCACUGCCAAAUCCAGGAGACUAUCAUUGGAGAAAAGGUGGUGAGCUUCACCUGAAUGACCCUCUUGCUAUUGCAAAGCUUCAAGAGGCUGCCAGGACAAAUAGUGUGGCUGCUUAUAAAGAAUACUCUAAGCUUAUUCACCAAUUGAAUAAAGCCUGUAACUUGCGGGGUCUUUUGAAGUUCAAAGACUCAGGGAUUAAAGUUCCCCUGGAUGAAGUGGAACCUGCCAGUGAGAUUGUCAAACGUUUUUGCACUGGAGCCAUGAGUUAUGGAUCCAUAUCACUCGAGGCGCAUACAACGUUGGCUAUGGCUAUGAAUAAGCUUGGAGGAAAAUCCAAUACAGGUGAGGGAGGUGAGCAGCCCUCUCGUAUGGAGCCUCUUCCAGAUGGUUCUAGGAAUCCUAAGAGGAGUGCUAUCAAGCAGGUUGCUAGUGGGAGAUUUGGAGUUUCAAGUUAUUACCUUACAAAUGCUGAUGAACUGCAGAUAAAAAUGGCUCAGGGGGCCAAGCCUGGUGAAGGAGGUGAACUUCCGGGACACAAGGUUAUAGGUGACAUUGCUGUCACCAGGAAUUCUACUGCUGGAGUGGGCCUUAUCAGCCCACCUCCCCAUCAUGAUAUCUACUCAAUUGAAGAUCUUGCUCAAUUAAUUCACGAUCUUAAGAACUCCAACCCAGGUGCCCGAAUCAGUGUCAAGUUAGUAUCUGAAGCUGGUGUUGGUGUGGUUGCUAGUGGAGUUGUGAAAGGGCAUGCUGAUCAUGUUCUGAUAUCAGGUCAUGAUGGAGGUACAGGAGCCUCUAGAUGGACUGGGAUCAAGAAUGCUGGACUUCCAUGGGAACUUGGUUUGGCUGAGACUCAUCAGACCUUGGUUGCAAAUGAUCUUCGUGGUCGCACGAUUCUGCAGACUGAUGGUCAACUAAAAACUGGAAGAGAUGUGGCUAUAGCUGCACUUCUUGGAGCAGAAGAGUUUGGCUUUAGCACAGCACCGCUCAUAACUCUUGGCUGCAUCAUGAUGCGGAAAUGCCACAAAAACACCUGUCCUGUUGGCAUUGCUACUCAAGAUCCAGUACUCCGGGAGAAAUUUGCUGGAGAACCUGAACAUGUUAUUAACUUUUUCUUUAUGAUAGCAGAGGAGUUAAGAGAGAUAAUGUCACAGCUUGGGUUUCGAACUUUAAAAGAGAUGGUUGGUCGUUCAGAUAUGCUUGAAGUUGAUAGAGAAGUUACUAGAAGCAAUGAGAAGCUGGAGAACAUCGACCUAUCCCUAUUACUUAGACCUGCUGCUGAUCUUCGGCCUGAUGCUGCCCAGUAUUGUGUCCAAAAACAGGAUCAUGGACUGGACAUGGCUCUGGACAAUAAACUCAUUUCUCUGUCCAAAGCUGCAUUAGAAAAGGCUCUUCCUGUGUACAUUGAUACACAAAUCUGCAAUGUGAAUCGUGCAGUUGGUACUAUGCUUAGUCAUGAAGUUACCAAGCGCUAUCAUGCAGCAGGACUUCCUACAGACACCAUCCAUAUCAAAUUCAGUGGUAGUGCAGGCCAAAGUCUUGGAGCAUUCCUUUGUCCUGGCAUCAUGCUGGAGCUUGAAGGUGACAGCAAUGAUUAUGUUGGUAAAGGUUUAUCAGGUGGAAAGAUUGUAGUUUAUCCUCCUAGGGAAAGCCAGUUCGAUCCAAAAGAAAAUAUUGUGAUUGGUAAUGUGGCUCUUUAUGGGGCCACAAGUGGCGAGGCAUAUUUCAAUGGAAUGGCAGCUGAGAGAUUCUGUGUCCGUAAUUCAGGGGCUAGGGCAGUUGUGGAAGGUGUUGGUGAUCAUGGUUGUGAGUACAUGACAGGUGGUACUGUCGUUGUGCUUGGGAAAACUGGCAGGAAUUUCGCUGCAGGUAUGAGUGGUGGUAUUGCUUAUGUUCUUGAUGUGGAUGGAAAAUUUCGAUCUCGAUGCAAUCCUGAGCUUGUAGAUCUUGAUAAAGUGGAGGAAGGGGAGGACAUUAUGACUCUUAGAAUGAUGAUACAGCAGCACCAGCGUCACACAAAUAGCCGCUAUGCCAGAGAAGUACUAGAUGAUUUUCAGAAUCUUCUGCCUAAAUUUAUUAAAGUUUUCCCCAGGGAAUACAAACGAGUUCUUGCAAGUAUGAAAGCAGAUGAAGCCUCCAAAGAAGCUGUGGAGGAUGCUGCUCAAGAAGCUAACAAGUAUGACGAUGGGGAGAUAAUGGAGAAAGAUGCUCUUGAAGAACUUAAGAAGAUGGCAGCUGCAACUUUAAAUGGGAAGUCAAAUCAGAAGAUACAAAAGACUGAAGCACUAAAGAGGCCUAGUCAGGUUUCUGAUGCUGUUAAACAUCGUGGUUUUAUUUCUUACGAGCGUGAGGGUGUUCAAUACAGGGAUCCUAAAGUUAGGAUGAAUGAUUGGAAGGAAGUCAUGGAUGAAUCAAAACCUGACCCGCUUUUAAAAACGCAAUCAGCUCGUUGCAUGGAUUGCGGCACUCCUUUCUGCCACCAGGAGAACUCUGGAUGUCCUCUUGGCAACAAAAUACCUGAGUUCAAUGAGUUAGUGUACCAAAAUAGGUGGCAAGAAGCUUUGGAGCGACUCCUAGAGACAAAUAACUUCCCUGAGUUUACUGGACGAGUCUGCCCAGCCCCUUGUGAAGGUUCUUGUGUUCUGGGUAUUAUUGAGAACCCUGUAUCCAUCAAAAGCAUUGAAUGUGCCAUCAUUGACAAGGCCUUUGAGGAGGGUUGGAUGGUUCCACGGCCUCCCGUAAAAAGAUCUGGGAAAAGGGUUGCCAUUGUCGGGAGUGGCCCUUCUGGUUUGGCCGCUGCUGAUCAGCUAAAUAGGAUUGGCCAUACGGUGACUGUGUAUGAGCGUGCUGAUAGAAUUGGUGGGCUUAUGAUGUAUGGAGUUCCCAAUAUGAAGACUGAUAAAGUAGAUAUUGUCCAACGGCGGGUCAACCUUAUGGCAGAGGAAGGUGUCAACUUUGUGGUUAAUGCUAAUAUUGGCGCUGACCCAUUGCAUUCUCUUGAUCGACUUAGAGAGGAGAAUGACGCCAUUAUUUUGGCGGUAGGAGCAACAAAACCAAGGGAUCUACCUGUUCCAGGACGAGAGCUAUCAGGAGUUCACUUUGCCAUGGAAUUCCUUCAUUCAAACACCAAAAGCUUGCUUGAUAGCAAUCUCCAGGAUGGUAAUUACAUUUCUGCAAAGGGCAAGAAAGUGGUGGUAAUCGGUGGGGGUGACACUGGUACUGAUUGCAUAGGGACAUCCAUCCGGCAUGGCUGUAGUAGCAUGAUUAAUUUGGAGCUUCUCCCAAGGCCACCACCAACUAGGGCUCCAGGAAACCCAUGGCCACAGUGGCCACGUAUAUUCCGUGUAGAUUAUGGGCAUCAGGAAGCAGCUGCUAAAUUUGGCAAAGACCCAAGAUCCUAUGAGGUACUCACUAAGAGAUUUAUCGGAGAUGAGAAUGGGGUGGUGAAAGGACUUGAACUGGUACGUGUUCAAUGGGAGAAGGAUGCCUCUGGAAAGUUUCAGUUCAAAGAGGUGGAGGGUUCCGAGGAGAUAAUUGAGGCAGACCUAGUUCUAUUAGCUAUGGGGUUCCUUGGCCCUGAGUCGACUAUAGCAGAGAAGUUGGGUUUGGAGCGUGACAACCGGUCAAACUUCAAGGCAGACUAUGGCCGUUUUGCAACCAAUGUGCAAGGAGUCUUUGCUGCUGGGGAUUGUCGACGUGGUCAAUCCUUGGUAGUGUGGGCUAUCUCUGAGGGGCGGCAAGCGGCUGCACAGGUCGACCAUUACCUCACAAGAGAAGAAGAAGGAGAAGACCACACCAUUAACUCUGGGAAUCAUGAAGAUCUUCUUCUAAAUAGGCAUCAAGAUUUAAACAAGAGGCAGCAAGACAGCGGCAAACACACAGUGAUGACGAAAGCAACACAGUGAUGAAAAAAGACAUGAUUUUUCAUUAGCACGUGGAUAUGGUGCUACAUAUAGAUUGGUUUUAGAUUACCUCAUGGAUGACCAUCAAGAGAUGUUAUGUACCCAUUACAGAGAUGAGUCCAUAGAACUUGAUGGUUAUGCAUAAAUGAAGUAUGAGGUAGCUUCCAUGGGUGGGGAGACAAGGUUUAGCAUAAAAAGUUGAUUUUGUGGAUCUAGGUAUACGUAUCAGAACUUUCAUCAUGUUUAAAUUUACCUAGUCUAGUUGCUUCAAUUAAGCUUUUGGGUUUGUUAUAAAUGAAUAAUGUACAGUUCAAUUUCCCUUUAUUGAUUUAGAAAUCACAUAGUGGGAAAUUUUUGAUAAUAUUAUUAUUUUUUUUUUCCCUAAAAUCACAUGAUGGAUAUUUCUCA